GGUUAUGAAUUGCCAACAAUUGAGUUAGUGGGCAAGAAGUUUCAAAGUUAUGCUAAACAAAUAUGGAAAUGGCUAAUGGAAAAUAAGGUGUCAACAAUUGGGAUAUGGGGAAUGGGAGGAGCAGGGAAAACAACUUUAGCAACUCAUGUACAUAACAAGCUUUUAAAAGAAGCUGGCGAUGACUUUGACCAUGUUAUUUGGGUUACAGCAUCACGAUAUGAUACCAUUUAUGAGUUGCAAAAGGUCAUAGCAAGAUCAAUUAAUUUAGACAUAUCUGAUGAGCCAUGAUGUGAAAAGAAUAUCCGGGAAAUUGGUGCAAGCAUCUAAGCAUUUAAAUAGAUGUGUCCUUCUUUUAGAUGAUGUUUGGGAUCCUAUCUUUUUAGAAGAAGAGGUUGGAUUUCCUGUUUCGAAUAAUGGGAUUAAAUUGAUUUUGACAACUCGUUCAUGGGAAGUGUGCCAAACUAUGAACUGCUUGAAGAGCGUAAUAGAAGUAGAACCAUUAAAUGAAGAAGAUGGUUGGGAAUUGUUUAAAACAACUCUUGGAUCCCAUAUGAUGCAAUCUAGUGAAGUGGAGCCUAUAGCAAGUACUGUGGCUAAACAAUGUGAGGGUUUGCCCCUUGCAAUUGUUACGAUAGCAAGAAGCAUGAAGGGAAAAGAAGGGAAAAGAGAAUGGAGUCAUCUGUUGGAAUGCCUUCAAAACUUGGAUAAGGGGCAAAGUGAUAUGGAGGAGAGGGUAUUUCCUGUGUUGAAAUCUAGCUAUGCUUGCUUAAAUAAUAAAUUGCAAAGAUUUUUUUUGUACCUUGCAUUAACUGGCAAGGAAUGUUUUGUUGACAGUAAUUUUAGAUGUUUGAUUAGAAGAUUUUUCCAUGAGGAAUGGAUAGAUGAGAAAAAGAGCUUGGAGAUGCAGUAUAAUGAAGGUUACACCAUGAUGAAGAAAUUAAAGAAUAACAGUUUGCUUAUGGAAAUAUAUGAUGGGGAAUUUUGGAUUAUGCCCAAAUUGCUGAGGGUCAUGGCUAUUAAUAUUGUAAAGAAGACUGAUGAAAUUAUGGACAAAUCUGAUAUGAAUUUGACAGAAAUACCGGAAAAUGGUGAAUGGCAUGAAAAUUUGCAAAAAGUUUUUUUGAGCAGAAAUGAAAUACAGAAAAUUGUAGAUGGCACAUCUCUUAGGUGUUCUAAACUUUCCACAUUGCGUUUAGAUUGUAAUUAUGAUCUCAAAUGGAUCCCAGAUGAUUUUUUCAACAACAUGCCUCUCUUAAAGUACUGGAUUUGUCUAGGACUGGCAUCGAGUGUUUGCCCGAAUCCAUCUCUAACUUGCAGGAUGAGGAUUCUGCUGACGUGGGCAUUAUUAUCACACCUCCUCGAGGGCAUUUCUGUAAUAUCUUGCAAGUCGAUGGAAGAGAUAGUUGGAGAGGAUUGUAGCAAUGACAAUAUUCUCCCUACCAUCACCCUCCCCAAACUCAGAUUUGUGUACUUGUAUAAGCUACCAGAAUUAAAUUCCGUGUUCAGAGGAACCAUGCUCUGCCCUUCUCUGAAAUCUUUUCAUGCCGUCUUUUGUGAGAAACUAAGCCACCCUUCGAUAGAAAUUGAAGAAGGACAUGAGCUUCUGAUGAAGAAUACCAAGACUGGAUACUGUUGGAGCAGUGAUGAUCAGAACCAAUCUGAUCAGGAGCUCAAAAAUAUGGUUGAGAAGGACAGAGAAAAAGAGAACGAGGAUGAUGAAGAAGAAAAGAAGGAGGAAGAGGAGGAGGAAGAAGAAGAGGAUGAGGAUGGGGAUGGGGAAGAAGAAGAGGAUGAGGAUGAAGAUGGUGAAGAGGACAUAAAAUUGUGGUUAAAGGCUACUGGCAGUAAUUAAUAGGAGUUACAUUUUUGGCAUUGAAUGCGAGGCUCGUUCAUUUCAUAACUCUUGUUUUAUAAGAGCAUCCCUGGCCUUUCAUUACAUUACAGGACUCCGUCAAGAAUUUUGAAAUGGGUGUGUAUGUACAUUAUUUUGAUUAUAUCAAGCGGAACUUCAUAUAAAUAUUAACCAUACCAAACCAA